AUGCUAAGAGUAGAUGUAAUUAUAUAUUUUUAUAUAAUUUAUAUUUUCAUUUGCCUGCUUUUCUUUCUUCUCUUCGAUUGCUCUCUUCUGUAUGCCGCCCCAUACAGCAGCAGCUAUCACCAGCAGCAGCAGCAGCAGCAGCAGCAGCAGCAGCAGCAAGACCAGCAGCAGCAGCAGCAGCAGCAGCGAGAAAAGCAGGGAUACCAGCAGCAACAACAGCAGCAACAGCAACAGCAGCAGCAGCAGCAGCAAGACCAGCAACAGCAGCAGCAACAAGACCAGCAGCAAUACCCCCACCACCAACAGCAUUAG